GGUGCUCGUUGCGCCGACUGUUGCAAGUGGCGUAAUGUGCGUCAGAUGAUUAUACAUUAUAUUCUUAUAAUAUACAUAUUAUUAUCAUCAAAGAAAAUAAUAAAUGAUUAUAUAUAUGUUAAAUGCAGAUAUGUACAUAAUCGAAUUUAAGAUUUAAGCUAGAAAAUUUUUAAAUAAAAUUAUUAUUAUUAUUGUAAAAGAUGGGAAAAAAAGAAAGAAGAAAGUCAUUAGUGAAGGAUUCAAAUGCAGCCACAAAGUCAAAAGAACAGGAGCAGUUAUAUUUAAUUCAAAUUAAAGAUUUGACAUCAAAACUGGAAAGGAGAAAGCAAUUGGUUGAAGAACUGCAGCAGGUUAAUAAUGAGUACAAGAAAAAGUAUGAGAGAGAAGUUAAGGAUAAAGAAGAUAUUGUUGCUUACUUGAAGCAUACCAUUGAAAAUUUUACGGUGGAAAUGAAUCACCUUCGAGAAAAAAUUAUCGGAUUGCAGAAAGAACAUGAGACAGAAAAGAAGAAUUCUGAAAAUAAAUUAAUUUCAUUGGAAAAAGAAUGUAAUCAAGCUUUGGAGAAUCUAAAGGAGGAAAAUCUAACAUUAAGUAAAUGUUUAUCUAAUUUGGUUAUUUUUGUUAUUGAAUUAUCGAGAGGAAAAUAAUAUUUCUCGGAGCUUUAUGUUAAAAUUAAUGUUUCUAAUGAGAAAUAAUUACAAAUUACAAUUAUUUUUCAUUUUUUCCUCCCAUUUUUGACUCUUUCUGCCCUUUGGCUAUCUUACCCACAGACCAGAAACCAUGGCACAUUAUAACUUCAUGGGGUCCAGGCAAAUUUGAAUUAGGGGCCUCCAAUGUUCUGUGUUGACUUCAGAUCUUUUUCUUCAGGGGAAUUUUUUGGGGGGAAUCCCCUUGAUAUCCUAAUUAAUUUUUUAAUGGGCCCUGUGGAUAGUUAAGUUAUGAACUGCACCACACCAACAAUCUAGAUUCUGGAUAUGGCCCAAAUUUAAAUUUUGAUACUCUUGCUACAGUAAUGAGUUUAUAAAAGAUUGAUUUGAGAUCCCCUGUUGGUGGGACCCCAGACAAUUGC